AUGAUUUUCGAUGCUCUUGGGAAUAACUCAGAACCGUCUAAUGUUGAAGAGCCUAGUGGAAUGGACGAGGAGCCUAAUCCUCAAGCAAAAGUGUUUCUUGACCUAUUAAAGGCUUCUGAGGAACCAUUGUACGAAGGGAGCUCCAUGUCUGUGUUGGAAAUGGCAUCUAGAAUAGUAUCUCUGAAAUGUGAGUACAAUUUGCCACAUAGGUGUGUUGAUGCGUUGGCUUCAUUAGUGAAAGAAGCAAUACCUAACAACAACAACAUGAGCAACACAUUUUACGAUACAAAGAAGAUUUUGGAGGGAUUAGAGCUUCCCCACGAGAGGAUUCAUGCGUGCCCCAAAUGUUGUAUGUUAUUUUGGAGAACUGAUGCACACUUGGACAGAUGUACAGUGUACGAUAGCGACAGAUACAAAAGGACUUCUAAGGGGUCUUUAGUUCCAAUGAAAGUUAUGAUUUAUUUCCCAAUCACACCGAGAUUGGAAAGGUUGUAUGCAACAAAAAAUGUUGCUGAAGAAAUGACAUGGCAUGCCAAAAAUCCAAGAGCCGAAGACAAAAUGGCUCACCCUAGCGACAGUGAAGCUUGGAAGCAUUUGGAUAGAUCCUUUGACGAAUUUGCAUCUGAGCCUAGGAAUGUUCGGCUCAGUUUGCGUACCGAUGGGUUUGGUCCACAUGGAAAGUUUGGGGGUCAGUAUUCAUGUUGGUCGGUCAUCUUAACCCCGUACAACUUGCCGCCAUCGAUGUGCAAGAAGAAACCCUUCAUGUUCCUUUCGUUGCUCGUUCCUAGUCCUAAAAAUCCGAAGGGGAACUUGGAUGUGUACAUGCAACCCUUAAUCGAGGAAUUGAAGCAAUUAUGGGAUGUUGAAGCAACAACUUAUGAUAUUUAUUGGAAAGAAAAUUUCAAUAUGCGUGCUGCCAUUCUUUGGACAAUAAGUGAUUUUCCUGCGUACGGUAUGUUAUAUGGCUGGGCUACAGCUGGGAAAAAGGCAUGUCCUUACUGUUUGGACAAAUCUAAAGCUUUUUGGCUCGACCAUGGGGGUAAAGUUUCUUGGUUUGAUUGUCACCGUCAAUUCCUACCCCUAGAUCAUCCUUUUCGUAACAACAAAGUAGCUUUGAAAAAGGGUCUCCGCCACACAUCAUGUCUGGGGAAGAGUUGUGGUCCUAUGUUAAAGACUUGCCAAAGGCUAGAGAUGGGCCAGAAGCACUUAAUACUUUGA